UAUCGCUUAGCGCGGCUAUUGUGAAUGGAUCCCGCAAGUUCCGAUCGGGCUAGGCGCCGGGCGAUCUCUCAACACAGCGGAGUGCUAAACUAUCUCUGGCCAAUUGACCCGCAGUAUGAUCCCAGUAGAAUAGACCAGGCCACUCAGCAAUGCGAAACGCCGUCAUACGACUCAAUGCUCCAUUCUAGUUGAGAUUACCGUAUUUAUUGUUUUUAUUCUGUGUCUUGUACGAUCAUCUCUUGAAAGCGCAAUGGCAACUUUAUCCGGAGAAAAGCCCACUCAGGUUUCCAAGAACAAUACAGACAGGCAAGCAGAAGCUGCAAUCUCGACCAAACGGAAAGCUACCGAUAAUUCUGCAGUUGACAGUGGCCUCCCAAUCAACUUCACCUCCCGCAAGCCGCCGUGGUCAUAUCUCAAGCUUCAACUAAUUACCCAACCAGAUCUAUCGGCGUCAACAUCCUUCGAUGCGCUUACGGCACGCACGUAUCUUUCGUCCGCGCUCUCCCAAUUCCUCGGUGUAUCUGGCACGUCUAUAUCGAUUGAUAUACUAAAGAUCGAAACCAUUCCCCCGGGCCUAAAUACACUCUGGAUUCGAGUUCCUCGCGACGACUCAGCAGCGGUGGUAGCAGCUGUUAGCUCUUGGGUUGGAGGAGGGGCUCAAACUGGCGCCAAUGUGUCCUGGCGGAUCCGAGCGAAAGGUGGUUUUCUGGGUGCGUUAGUGGGAGGGACGGGGAAGGAACUAUUCGGACCUUGACGCUUCCAAACGGCAUAUUUUUCCAUUGCUUUAGACGAUAGUGCAAAAAUGUUGUGGGCUACGGUCGUAGUUCGGAAACUGCGGGCUUCUAGAUAACCGAUCAUCUGAUCGGAAUCUGCGGGAGUUAGCUCAAGCUACACUUGGCCAUGGGAGUCACGAUGCUACAAAUAUUUCGGAAGAAAAUGGAGGUUGGUCGUAACGUUGUUCGAUCAUCGUCAAUGGCCAUCCGGUAUUGAGGGGAGCUUAGAGCUUUCUCUUUUGGACCUCUUCCGAAAUCUCAACUCUAACGUUGCAGAUUCCUUCGGGGUUUAGCAACUUCGCCAAGGGUACAUGGUACAUGGUGCAACCAGGACAUAACUUGUGGACGAGUAUACAUGAAGAGGGUGGUUUGGUGUUUUAGGUUGAGGGGCUGGUUGGAGAGGGAAACGGAUUCAGGGGGGAACAGCGGAGAACCUUGAAUCUGUAAUCCAGUGGGCCGUGCGUAUAUUUUCUUAUACAUAUAAGUCUUAUACUCCCUAGAUUGACGGCCUGCCUUUGGGUGGUUACUAUCACUACACCUAAAGGCGGGUAAAUCCGCACUUGAAUAAAAUAUAUAGGAUUGAGAUAUUACGCCACAUGUAGGACCACUGUGCACUAUAUCCUCACAACGUGGCUAAGUUGUAAAACUUUUAGCAUUCUAUGGUCCUCUUCAACUAACCACUUUUGCCAGUGAUGACGAAGACAUUGUAGAGUGGUAUAAUAGGAUAAUAGGUCUCCGACAACCUGCUAGGUCCAUUGCCUUACCGUCUCUCAUCAGAUGGCCAUUUUGUAUGAUUACGAUGCAAUGUUAAUCCAUACUAUAUAAAAUACGAUUUCUUUUCAGUUUCCGAUUGAUCAGAUGUCUAUCUUAUUCACCUUCUCUUCGUUAUUCCGGGUUUCCGGGUUUUCUUUCCUGGUGCUAACGAGUGAAUAAAGUUCUGCAAGAUAUAGAUAUGUAUAUAUUUAUUAGCACUGGAUAUGGGCAUUCUAAAUAUUUUGUCGUAUCAGAGUAAUCGUCAUUAUUUUGGGUCUUCCAUCCUGAAUUACUCAAUUAAUUCCGAGACGCCCAAAUUUUUACAUAGAUCAUUGUGUUAGUAGCUGCAUUGCACUCCGUAGUCUUAGCUUAAGCUUCACCGUCGACUACCAGAUCCAAUCAACAUCACCCAAUGGCAAAAUUAAC